CCAGACCCUGCGGGCAGAGAUAUCUCCAUCCGACCAAUCUUGGAGCACUGCGAAAACACUCACAUGACAAUUUGGCUUGGGAUUGUCUACGCUUAUAAAGGGCUGCUCAUGUUAUUCGGGUGUUUCCUAGCCUGGGAGACACGGAAUGUCAGCAUUCCUGCUUUGAAUGACAGCAAGUACAUUGGCAUGAGCGUGUACAACGUGGGGAUUAUGUGCAUCAUUGGUGCUGCUGUUUCCUUCCUCACUCGGGACCAGCCCAACGUCCAGUUCUGCAUCGUCGCUUUAGUCAUUAUUUUCUGCAGCACCAUUACACUCUGCCUUGUGUUUGUACCUAAGCUCAUCACACUGAGAACGAACCCAGAUGCAGCCACACAGAACAGACGGUUUCAGUUCACUCAAAAUCAAAAGAAAGAAGAUUCAAAAACAUCAACAUCAGUCACCAGUGUCAAUCAGGCCAGCACAUCUCGACUAGAAGGCUUGCAGUCAGAGAACCACCGCUUGAGAAUGAAAAUUACAGAGCUCGACAAAGACUUGGAAGAGGUUACAAUGCAGCUUCAGGACACGCCUGAGAAAACAACAUACAUUAAGCAGAACCACUAUCAGGAUCUUAAUGACAUUCUUAGUAUACGGAACUUCACAGACAGCAAAGAUGGUGAGAAAGCCAUUUUGAAAAAUCAUCUUGACCAAAAUCCACCAGCACAAUGGGGCUCAUCAGACCCUUCCAGAACAAGCAAAGAUCCUAUAGAAGACAUCAACUCUCCAGAACACAUACAGCGUCGGCUGUCCUUGCAGCUGCCCAUUCUUCAUCAUGCCUACUUGCCAUCCAUAGGAGGAGUUGAUGCGAGCUGUGCCAGCCCGUGCGUAAGCCCCAGUGCCAGUCCUCGGCACAGACACGUGCCCCCUUCCUUCCGAGUAAUGGUUUCGGGGCUGUAGGAAAGGGAGAUCAGUGCUUCCUGAACUGCUUUUAAGUACUCAAUGACUGGACUAAACAUCUGACCUAGAACUCUGCUACAAACAUAAAAUGUUGGCUCUUACCGCAGAGGAACUGAGGCCAUCAUCACAGGAGUGCUCGUGUAACUCGUGUGGGAAGGCAAAGGAGAAGGACACAAGGAGUUUGAUCUGUAGCCUUAUUCAUGGAGUUUUUAUUUCUUCACGUAGAAGUCACUGAAAAACAUUUCUUCCCAAAAUUCUGCUAGCAACAAGGAGGCUGGGAAAUACGGAUCUUGCAAAAAAGACGCUUGGAAAAAAAAACCAACCAACUCAAAUGUCACUGAGUUUUAUGUGGCUGUUGAGAACAUGCAAUUCUAUACUGUAUCUGUGUAAGGAAAAUACCAUGGUUGAGCUAUACCAUAUUUAUUGAAAUAGAUACACUCAUUUUUACGAGAGUUGUGUUAAAUUGCUGGAAACAUUCUGCACUGGUUAGCCUUGCUUGUUUUCAUUACAGGGAUGAUGUUCGAUAGGAAAGGAGGGUUAUGAGAAA